GGGAAGGGGCUAGGCUUGCUUGCUUGCUUCGAGCUCGCAUCUCUGUGGCGUCCAUGGCGGAUCACGAGGAACCCAAGGGCGGCGAGUCCCUCGCGGAGAAGAUCGCGGAGAAGAUCCACGCCGCUCGCGACUCCUCCUCCUCCUCCUCCUCCGACUCCGACGACGACAAGCCCGCCGCCCCGUCGCCGCCGCCGCCGCCGCCGCCGAAGGCCAAGGUCUACCGCCCCUUCGGCCGGGAGCAGCCCGUCCACAAGGUGCUCGGCGGCGGAAAGCCUGCUGAUGUACUCCUAUGGAGAAAUAAGAAGAUAUCUGCUGGUGCUCUUGGUGUUGCAACGGCAAUAUGGAUUCUGUUUGAAUUGCUCGAGUACCACCUUCUCACUUUAGUUUGCCAUGUCUUGAUCCUUGGCCUUGCAAUCUUGUUCUUGUGGUCCAAUGCCACUACAUUCAUUCACAAGAAGCCACCUCACAUUCCUGAAGUAUCGAUACCAGAGAAACCUGUCUUGGAGUUUGCCUCUGCACUUAGCUUUGAAAUAAAUCGUGCAUUUGCUAUGCUGAGGGAGAUUGCAUCCGGAAGAGAUCUUAAAAAAUUUCUCUUGGUGAUUGCUGUGUUUUGGGUUUUGUCUAUCGUGGGCAGCUGGUCCAACUUCUUGACGUUAUUUUACUUGGUGUUUGUGUUACUGCACACUGUGCCUGUGCUCUAUGAGAAGUAUGAGGACAAGGUAGACCCGUUUGCUGAGAAGGCAACUAUUGAGAUCAAGAAGCAGUAUGCAGUAUUUGAUGAGAAAGUUUUGAGCAAGUUCCCAAGGGGGCCUUUGAAGGACAAGAAGAAGGUUUAAAUUAUUUAGUCUUCUGUCUCAUACUAGGUCCUUUGGAAUGAUGUGGUAGUUUUUCAAAUUUUUGGUUGAAGUUGCUAAAAUUGUCCAUGAUUAGCAUGAACCCUGUUUUCAUCAUGUUUUUUUCUGGUGUUGGGUUCAGAUGUGGAUGAAUCUGGAUAUUUGUGCCUUCAUUUUCUUCAGACGUGCUCAGAAUUGCAUGGAUUUUUGUGCAAGUAUUGGUUUGUUGACAUAGUGUUUUUCGCUGGUUGAUAGGGUGCUGUGAUUUGUGUUGAA